CCUGAUCAUGCCCUCCAUGACUGAUUGUCAUGGCCAUAAAUUGCCACCAGAGGAUUGGGACCUACGACCAUUCGGAGUUCGCUGCGGUUUGGACAACUCCGUUGAGGUGUCAACAAAACCAGCAAACGUCCCUGUCAAAACCAUGGAAGAAUACUUCUCCGCUGUCCGGAAAAUGGAACAAACGGUGAUGUUUCCCAGCCUCCUCCAAGGUGCCCCCUUGGCAGAGCAGGCGAACACGUUGGACACAGACUCGAAUGAAAAGGAUCUUUAUGAGUAUUACAUGUUGCUGAAAUCCAUCAAAACGAUGGUGGAAGGUGGCCUGGUGCCUCUGAAUAAUCAGACGUUUCACAUUGCUGCUCAGACGAAAGAACAGGAAAUCAAAGAGGAAGACGACCUGGAGGACUUGUUUUAUUACCAUGUCUCCAGCUUGUAUCGCGUCCUCACCCAACUGACCAGGAGAGCGAACGCCGUGACUUCCAAAUACAAUGAAAUUAUGGGGCAGAUGAACCAGAAUGAGAAGAGGCUCAGCUUCUGAGACAAGGACCCUGUUAGCAGCAAAAGGGUCACUCCAUUCCCAGGAACCUGGAAGCUGAAAGGACAGUGUUGACAUUCUGUACUUUGUUCCGGAGAAGAAUUUGGUGUGACAGUCUGUGAAUUCUGACUGACAAAAUACUUGACUGUUUGAAAUAAUAUUAUUGUUACUAUUACAUAAUUGUUGUAUUAUUAUUAUUAUUCAGUUAUUAUCUUGUUAUUCUGUGAAAAGCAGUACCAAUUAUAAAGAAAACACAGAGCUGUCUCACCUUAAAUUACUGUUUACGUCUCUGAUCCAGAACAAUUAUGAAGAAAUAAUAUUAGCAAGCCGCCUGUCAGAAGGUCAGAAUUUAUUUUAUGGUUUUAUAUGCAUUUUGUGUGUAGGCAUCAUUGUCAAUAAAAUGUUACU